ACCAUGUUACGGACAUCACUGUUGGUUAGGUGAAAGUGGUGAGAUGUCAGCCAUGUCCGCAUAUGAGACCAUGCAUAUGUGACCAUGCGGGCUGUGUGACGCAGUUCGAAUGCGUCGAGGGAGUGUGUAUAGCGUGAGCGAAGGCAUGGAGCGGUGCACGUGUGCUAGGUAGCGCGGGCGCGGGUGCGGGUGCCGGCAUGUGCGGGGAAUGGAGGGUGUGUGGUCUCCCUCCUCUGCGUCGCCGCCGCCGCCGCCCCGCUCCGCGCCCCGCUGUCGCUGCCGCUGCCCGCUUUCCACCAGCUACAACUGCCUGCCACACUAUGAUGGGUGGCCAGACCUUGAAGACGAGUCGACAGGUGGUGCUCUCAGAGAACGCGAGCUCCGUUCUCUUCAUCGCACCGUGCCUGCGCUGCGGAGAAGAGAACUCGACACACGUGCCAUCAAACACCACUUCUACCCGGAAGGAGGAUGGGGGUGGAUCGUGUGUGGAGCAGCUUUCUUGGCUCAUCUGCUGUCGACUGGACUGCAGUUAGCGUAUGGAGCGCUGCACGUCUACGCUUUACGUCACCUGGGACCUGCUGCUGACCAUGCAGUUUGGGCUGGUGCGAUCUGCGUAGGAGUGUCACGUGCUGCAGGAGCCAUUGUCACCGCUCGUCGAAGGUCGCCACGAUUGGCAGCACUGCUGGGUGGAAUCUUACUUCCACUGGCCUGUCUCUUCACGUCAUUCGCCACGCAGCUCCAUCAAACACUUUUAAGUUACGGUAUAGUCUUAGGUAUCGGGUGUGGCUUAGUCCGGGAAGCGGCAGGCCUAGUCCUGGGAACCUACUUUAGAAAACGAAGACAAUUUGUGGAAUUGGUGGCUCACGCAGGGGGAGGAGUGGGCAUUGCUCUAUUCAGCGUUGCCUAUAAAGAGGCUGUUGGUAAACUAGGCUGGAGGCUAGGUCUACAGGCAAUCACAGGAUUCCUAAUAUUAGCGUUCUUCCUGAGUGCUGUGUACCGAAGUGCUUCACUCUAUCAUCCGCAACGAAGGGCCAUUUUGCAUCUCAAAAACCAACGCAAAAAGGUAAAAGAGAAAGUCCUGAAAAAGGCUCAGUUCAUCGAUCUAAGUCCGCUUCAAUCCCGUCCUGCGAAAGUUUUGCUAUUAUCAGCCGGCUUGGCGGCAUUUGGUCUGUAUACGCCCGUAUUUUUCCUGGCUCUCCAGGGCUUCCAAGAGGGAUUGGAAGAGAGUGCGCUAGUAUUAUUGCAGACAUUUCUUGGCUUCGCUGCAGUACUUGGCUGUGCGGGCUUUGGGCUCCUACUCGUCAGACCUUCUGCACAGUGUCUGGUUUCCAAGCAAUAUCUAUGUCAGACGGCUAUGUUAGGAAUAGGAAUAUCAAUGCUGGCUCUGAGCAGCGUCGAAGGUUAUCACGGCUACGUAUUAUUCGCGUGGAUGUACGGCCUCUGUUUGGGAGGGUUCCUUUAUUCCAUGAAAAUGCUCACAAUGGAGCGAGUCAGAGGUCGGCACUUCACCAAAGUUUGGAGUUUCGUUCAGGGCGCGGAGGCGAUUCCGGUUAUCGUCGGAGUUCCUGUGACGGGUUAUAUAAACCAGCAAGUGCCUCGCGCUGGAUUUUACUUUUCCACAGCUUCGACUUUAUUAGGAGCUGUAUUGUUGUUUUUCGUUGGGUUUUCUAAGCGGGAGCCAGAUCCUCCCUUGGCGCCAGCGAUUUCUGAGGCAUGUCUUUGUCUGACGCCGCCUCGGUGUGAACCAGCUUGGUGUGCUUGUAGCGUCGGUGGUGCGACAACUUAUUGCGCGUGGACGGGGAACUCUUGUAGUAUGUCCCGUCUUCCGAAGUCGUUGUCGUAUGGCGCGCCCCUUAAUAGGCCGUGUUGUAUGACGCCGUACCCGGAAUGCUGUAGACGGGCUACCUUACGGCCUUCGCGAAGUGUUCCCGAGGGAUUGGCCCGCCGUGGGGUCUGGAGCCGCAAUGGCUCCUGUCGGGCGUCUUGCCACCGCCGUGAACAUCAUUUAAUAGAACAAAUCACCACUUCUGUUUAAUACAUAGAUUUUUUUUCGUUUGAAAUCGAAUUGCCCUAUUUGGAAUAUUCCUUGUUACAUCCUCUGUAUUCAAAUGACGGAUGUCUUAGAUAAACAGGAAGUCAGUCUUUCCGUCAUUUUAUUUGAUUUGUUGCUCGUCUUAUUUGAUGUACGAAGUUAUGUAACGAACUUAUUAUUUCCAAAGGACUGUUUCGAUGUUUGAAAUGUGUUUCGUACAAAUUUUAUAUCUCCCAUUCUUAAGUACUACGGGACCUUUGAUGUAGUAAUAUUUUGUAUAAUUGAUCUACCUUCGUAGUUGAAAUCUAUCGUAAUUUUAUCGUUCAAAACUUGUAGUAAGAUUAUUGUGAAUAUAGUUAACAUAAACUUACCUAUUAAUUAAGGAACAUUGUCAAUUUAAAAGUUUGUUACAGAGGUAUUGUAAUAUUUAUUUGAAUUUUGUGAUUGUUACCAUAUUAGCUAAUUAU